CAUUUUUUAGUCUAUAAUUGGAGAGUUUUCCGAAGGUUGGUGGAGUUCAUGUCAUUUACUGGCUUAUAGAAUUAUUACGCAUUUUUAAGUUUUGUAUAAUUUGCACAAAUGCAUUGAUGAAAGUUAUUUUGUUGUUAUAUUUGAGGAACUAAUUACGGUUUUGGUUUUUGCAUUUCAUCGUAGCAUGCUGGUUGUGGCAACUUCUGGGGCAGGGUUUGUUCUUGGAAGUGGUGGUGCAAUUGAUAUAGCUGGACUUUGCUUGACCUGUACUGGUACCAUGAUGGUUGCAGCAUCUGCAAACUCCUUGAAUCAGGUAUUUGAAAUAAAAAAUGAUGCCAAAAUGAAGAGAACGGCAAGAAGGCCGUUACCUUCUACGAGAAUUAGCCUCCCUCAUGCCGCCAUAUGGGCAACUACUGUCGGAGUAACAGGCACAGCUUAAUUUAUUAACAUGUCGCUGCUGAUCUUGCUUUACUACUACUAAUCUUGCUUCUACGUAGUCUAUCACGAAGUUAUUCUUUCGGAGGUUGAAUUAAGUGCGGCUUAUUUUUGAUAUUUGUACAUGUGACCCACAAUUUGCAGACAUUUGUUCUUGAGAAUUCUUUAAUCAAUCUUAUCCUUUAUUACUUAUUUCUCAACUAUUUCUGGGUGCAUGAUAUAAUAAUUAUAAACAAGUUAUGUUGAUAAUUGCUUCCGACUAAGCUUUGUGAUGGACAAAAA